GGGUUCCGGUUUCUCCGCGGGCGGAAGGGGCGGGCGAGCGAGUGGCCGCCGCUGCGGCCCGGGAGCCGGCAUGGAGAAGCUGCGGCGGGUCCUGAGCGGCCAGGACGACGAGGAGCAGGGCCUGACCGCGCAGGUCCUGGAUGCCUCGUCCCUCAGCUUCAGCACCAGGCUGAAGUGGUUCGCCAUCUGCUUCGUGAGCGGCAUCUUCUUCUCCAUCCUCGGAACUGGAUUGCUGUGGCUUCCUGGUGGCAUAAAGCUUUUUGCAGUGUUUUAUACCUUUGGAAAUAUUGCUGCCUUAGCCAGUACGUGCUUUUUAAUGGGGCCCAUGAAGCAGCUGAAGAAAAUGUUUGAAACAACACGAUUGCUUGCAACGAUUAUUAUGCUUCUGUGUUUCGUACUUACCCUGUGUGCUGCUCUCUGGUGGCACAAGAAGGGGCUGGCCUUACUAUUCUGCAUAUUGCAGUUCCUGUCGAUGACCUGGUAUAGCCUGUCUUACAUCCCGUACAUGAUGUCUAAUUCCAGUCUAAACAUCAUUCUAUCUCAUGGGCAGCCUUCUCCAAUGCAGAAGGAAAAAGAGAUGUCUAAAGGCAUUAAUGUAGAGUGA